CAGUACGAUAGUUUGAUUCAUAAUCUCACAACUGAACAACCCGAACUACACGAAGUCUUGAGAAGAAUGAGGAGUGACGUCAUGGAUCCAUAUAAUAACAUCAACAAUUACAGAUUUAUGGUAACUGAGGCGUACAGCCCAGCUGAAGUACUAGUCGCUUACUAUGGUACUGAAGAAGACCCCGAAGCUGACUUCCCGUAUAACUUUGAGCUGAUUGAGCUGACCAGUGAGAAUCUGUCUGGUACAACUAUUCGUGAUAUGGUUGAGCUUUGGUUAAGCAACGUCCCUGAAGGCGAAUGGCCUAACUUUGUGCUGGGUAACCAUGACAACUGGAGAAUAGCUGACCGUAUAGGAUUUUUAUAUAAGCGAUGUAUGAAUGUGUUAUUACUCACGUUACCGGGCACACCAACCACGUAUUAUGGUGAAGAGAUAGGGAUGGAGAAUAUCUACGUGUCUUAUAAUGAUACACGUGACCCUGAAGCAAAGCGUAAUCCGUGUUGUUGGAAGGAAUACACACGUGACCCAGAACGUUCCCCAAUGCAAUGGACACCUGACCCCCCAAGUGCUGGAUUCAGUACAACCAAUGAAACAUGGUUACCUGUCAAUGACAACUACCUGGAAGGAAUCAAUGUUGAG